CGACGCCGAAGUCUGUAUGGAAUUACCUGCGCCCGCGGCGGAGCUGGCACCGGUGGAUGGAUGGGCGCCGCGGCACUCGUGGCCAGCUCAGCCCCAGGAGUAAACGCGGGGCUUCUCCGGCCGAGUGCGCAGUGUGGUGACCGGCACUCGCCUCGCUGACUGAUCGCACCGGAGGGAUAUUUCGGGAGACUCCAGUGGGAAGCAGACACGGAAAGACAAAAGAUGAAAGCUCCUAUUCACAGCUUGAUUCUCUUGUAUGCUACUCUAACUCAGAGCCUGAAGGUUGUGACCAAAAGGGGAUCAGCUGAUGGAUGCACUGACUGGUCUGUGGAUUACAAGAAAUAUCAAGUUCUAGUAGGAGAACCCGUUCGUAUAAAAUGUGCACUCUUUUAUGGAUAUAUUAGAGCUAAUUACUCACUAGCCCAAAGUGCUGGACUUAGUUUGAUGUGGUACAAAAGCUCUGGACCUGGAGAUUUUGAGGAACCUAUAGCUUUUGAUGGAACUAGAAUGAGCAAAGAAGAAGACUCCAUUUGGUUCCGACCAACAGUGGUACAAGACAGUGGGCUCUAUGCAUGUGUUAUAAGAAAUUCAACUUACUGUAUGAAAGUGUCCAUUUCGCUGACGGUGGGUGAAAACGACACUGGACUCUGCUACAAUUCAAAGAUGAAAUAUUUUGAAAAAGCUGAACUUAGCAAAAGCAAGGAAAUUUCAUGCCCUGAAAUUGAGGAUUUUUUAUUUCCAUUUAGGGAGCCUGAAAUUCUGUGGUAUAAGGAAUGCAAGUCAAAGACAUGGAGAUCAAGUAUUGUGUUUAAAAAGGACACUCUUGUCAUUCGUGAAGUUAGAGAGGAUGACAUUGGAAAUUACACUUGUGAAUUAAAAUAUGGAUUCUUUGUUGUCAGAAGAACUACGGAAUUAACAGUUACAGCACCACUAACAGAUAAACCACCAAAGCUUUUACACCCCUUGGAGAGUAAGCUAACAAUUCAGGAGACCCAGUUAGGCGGUUCUGCUAAUCUAACCUGCCGAGCUUUCUUUGGAUAUAGUGGAGAUGUCAGCCCUUUAAUCUACUGGAUGAAAGGGGAGAAGUUUAUUGAAGAUUUGGAUGAUAGUCGAGUUUGGGAAAGUGACAUCAGGGUUCUCAAGGAACAUCUUGGGGAACAGGAAGUUUCCAUCUCCUUGAUUCUUGACUCGGUUGAAGAAGCAGACCUGGGUAAUUACUCAUGCUAUGUUGAGAAUGGAAAUGGACGUCGACACGCCAGUAUUCUUCUACAUAAAAGGGAGCUGAUGUAUACAGUUGAGCUUGCUGGUGGGCUUGGUGCUAUUCUGCUGCUGCUUGUUUGUUUAGUGACUGUCUACAAGUGUUACAAGAUAGAGAUUAUGCUCUUCUACAGGAAUCAUUUUGGAGCUGAAGAACUAGAUGGAGAUAACAAAGACUAUGAUGCAUAUCUAUCCUAUACCAAAGUAGAUCCUGAUCAAUGGAAUCAAGAAACUGGAGAAGAAGAAAGAUUUGCUCUUGAGAUCCUACCAGAUAUGCUUGAAAAGCAUUAUGGAUACAAGUUGUUCAUACCAGACAGGGAUUUGAUUCCCACGGGAACCUACAUUGAAGAUGUGGCAAGAUGUGUAGACCAAAGCAAGCGAUUGAUCAUCGUCAUGACUCCAAAUUAUGUGGUCAGAAGAGGCUGGAGCAUCUUUGAACUGGAAACGAGGCUUCGAAACAUGUUAGUCACAGGCGAAAUCAAAGUGAUACUGAUUGAAUGCAGUGAACUACGAGGAGUUAUGAACUACCAGGAGGUUGAGGCGCUGAAACAUACCAUCAAGCUCCUCACUGUCAUUAAAUGGCAUGGACCAAAAUGCAACAAAUUGAAUUCCAAGUUCUGGAAACGUUUACAGUACGAAAUGCCUUUUAAGAGGAUUGAACCCAUCACACAUGAGCAGGUGUUAGAUGUCAGUGAGCAUGGGCCAUUUGGGGAACUGCAGACAGUCUCCGCAAUUUCCAUGGCUGCUGCCACCUCUACUGCUCUUGCCACUGCCCAUCCAGACCUGCGCUCCACCUUUCAUAACACGUAUCAUUCACAGAUGCGCCAGAAACACUAUUAUCGAAGCUAUGAAUAUGAUGUACCUCCUACUGGCACCCUGCCACUUACCUCAAUAGGUAAUCAGCAUACCUACUGCAACAUCCCUAUGACACUUAUAAAUGGGCAGCGGCCACAGACAAAAACUAACAGGGAGCAGAAUCCAGAAGAGGCUCACACAAACAGUGCGAUACUGCCCCUCUUGCCGCGGGAGACUAGUAUAUCAAGUGUCAUUUGGUGACCAAAAUGCAAGGGGCCACCAAACCCCUUGAGUAGGAGCUGAAUCUGCAGUCUGGUGCCUGGAACUACAUCCUCGACUGCUGCUGUUAAACAUGCAUUACAACUGAUAACAUACGAGGAAAAACAGGGUCUUGUACAUAUGUUUUUUGCAAUUUCUUUGUAGCAUCAGUCUUCCUGUUUUACCCAUGUCUCUUCCCAUUCACAUUUUUGACUUUGUUUUAUAUGUCAUUGGAAUUUGUAUAUUUACAUUUUUUUCUAAAUGAAGAGACUGCUGUAUAGAUAGGAACCUUUUUUGCUUCAUUGGUAUAGUUUUAGACUUUUUGUUUGUUUGUUUUUAACCUCUCUUGGGAAUGCUUGGACAAAGCUAUGUUGAUAUCAGAAACGCCAUCCAUUUUGUUGGCCUGCCCAGCCUGUUUCCUGAAGGCCAUGCCUGCUGCAGUUCACUUCUUUUGGAAAAUAUUUGUUCUUAGAAGGACCCCAUCCCUCACUGAGAGCUCCAGUUUCAUUUCUACUCCCCUAAUGUGCACUGCUUCUUCCCUGCCCUUACAAUGGCCCCCAUUUGGGGUACAGUCUGAUCAUCUAACAUGUAACUUGGUAGAUACUUGUCAAACAACAGAGUAUACUCAAUCUGUAUUGGUUGCUUCACAAUAGGCACCACAGAGUGUGAAGAAAAUAGAGAUGGUUUGGUUUUUGCUUUCUUGGGUUUAUUUUAUUUUUUUUUUAAUAUAAUUUUAAGUAUAAGCUGAAUGUAUCCCUUUUAUAAAUAUAAAAGCAAACCCUAUUUUUAACAUUUCCUGGAAAAAUAUUAAUGUUGUUGUGGACUUUAUUUUAAACAUUUAACUUUUUAUUUCCCCCCUUUCAAAAUCCUGCAAAUAAGAUCAUUUGCAAUUGUCAGACAAUUAAGACAAGUGAGGCAAUAGGCACUGAAGUGCAAUGUGUCCUGCUAAUAUUUGCAGAACUGACUUUCAAACCAAAGGGGAAUAAAAAGAUGAUAAUUUGUCACUUUGUAUUAUAUAAAAGUGUUAUUUUCUGAAAAACUAAGAGCAAAACAUUAUUUUGCUGUGGAUUACAGAGCCCCCUUGUAUUUUAAUGUUCCAAAAACUGUAUUUGCUUUAAGAUUAUAUGUUCAGGAUUAAGCAAUCUUCUUUCACUUGGUUUUAGCUUGUAACUAUAAGUAAAACUUUAUUAAUUUCAACAUGAUUUCAGUAAAAACUCAGGCAGAAAAUAGUGACAUGAAUAUCAACAAAUAUAAUUGUUCUCAGAAUAAGUUUUAUUUAUACAGAAUUAAUAUUUAAAUCAGACCUGGAAGUAUUAAAAACAGUUUAUUCACUUUAAUGAAUAAAUAAAUUAGUUCUAUUUUUCAUGUAUGAUUCUAUCUUUGAGGAGUUGCCAAUAAUGUGUGUACCACGGUUGCCUGAGAAGAAAAAAAAGAAAUAGUAUGUUUAUAUCUGGACAUCUUUAAGACAAAAGAAAUAAGCAUCUUAUGUUUUAAAUAAUGAAAAGUCAUUUCUGGUUUUAGAAUGAGAGAGAAGUGGUGUUGUAGCAUACAACAUAUUCAGGCCAAGCUCUCUGCUACUCUGCUAGCAGAAGCAGGGAAGCUAAGGUAAAGCUGGUUGCGGCACACUGUUGUAUGGUCAUGGGUUUGAUUAACCCUGGCAGAAAUAUAACUGGUAUCCUGGCAAACAGACAUUAUAGUCUAGUUAUACAAUUAAUUAGCUGUAGGUAUUUUUAUGUUAGCUGAAUUAUAUUAGCCAAUAUAAUGAACAUGUGGGGUUUGUUCAUCCUGAUUGUCACAAUAAGAAAAGUACAGUUUAUAAUAUUUUGGUCUUCUCUAAUGAGCAGUGAUGGGUAGAGAGCAGUUAAACUGCAGUUUGGGGGAUGUUUGUGGCAGUAAGCCAGAAAUAACAGUAUGGGAGGAAAUGACUACGCUCCUGUUGUGAAAGUCAAAAAUCUCAGUAUCCGUGUAACAAGCUAAUAGAGCUUUGGGAUGUGCACUGAUUUUUAUUUUCUUAAAAAUGUUUAUUUCUCUGAAAAUUUGCUCAAUCCCUUUCCUACACUCUGUUCUUUAUUGAGGUGUCUCCCUCUGGACAACUGCCAAACAUCCGCAAAAUGGAAAUGAAGCUGCCAG